UCCCGCGAAGGCUCCUCUAGGAGCCGCUCAGAAGAGCCUUCUCUCCCGAUGCAAGGCUUGAGGACUCGGGCCAGGUCAGACCGUGGAGGCCGGGGCCCUGGCCACCCGAGGAGGCACCUGACGGGAGUCCUCCUGGGCUCGCCAGGGCCUAACACAGGGCUGGUUUCUCAGGAGGGGCAACACUGGACCAACUCUUCGUUCGUUCAUUCAUUCAUUCAGUCAUUCAGCAAGCAUCCGACUUUGGGUACCACUCACUGUCUUAGGUCCAGAUCUGCUUCUGUCAGUUGCGAUUCUGAGGGUGGCCCAGAAAAAUAUCUGAAGAUAGCCACUCAAGAAAACACCAUGAAAGAUACUGACAUCAAGAGACUACUGUAUGUCCAUCUAUUAUGCAUAUUUUCAAUUAUCCUAAGCAUCUUCAUUCCAUCAUUCUUCUUGGAGAACUUCUCAGUACUGGAAACACACUUGACAUGGUUGUGCAUCUGUUCUGUUUCUGUAACUGCCGUCAAUUUAGUAUUGUAUUUAGUAGUGAAACCAAAUGCAUCUUCUAAAAGAAGUUCAUUAUCAUACAAGGUAACCAGAUUUUUGAAAUGCUGUAUCUACUUUCUUAUGUCUUGUUUCUCCUUUCAUGUAAUUUUUGUUCUAUAUGGAGCACCACUAAUAGAGUUGGCGUUGGAAACAUUUUUACUCGCAGUUACUUUGUCCACUUUUACUACUGUACCUUGUUUAUGUUUGUUAGGACCAAACUUCAAAGCAUGGCUAAGAGUUUUCAGUAGAAAUGGGGUUACAUCCAUUUGGGAGAAUAGUCUCCAGAUCACUACGGUUUCUAGUUUUGUAGGAACAUGGCUUGGAGCCUUUCCUAUUCCACUCGAUUGGGGAAGACCAUGGCAGGAAUGGCCCAUCUCCUGCACGCUUGGAGCAACCUUUGGCUACGUGGCUGGCCUUGUUACUUCACCACUCUGGAUAUACUGGAAUAGAAAGAAACUUACAUACAAGAACAAUUAAUUGGAGCAAAGGGAGAAGAUAUUUCUUUGUGCAGAUUCCAUAAAGACUGUGCAGACAUGUGUAUGGUCUAAGCCAGGCAGUUCCACUUAACAGCACUGUUUUUUAUGUAGUUACAACAUGAUGUGAUUGUAGCUUUUUAAACUAUGAAACCCCUGAGAGAUUGUACCUUCUAGUUGAAAUAAAGUAUUUAUAAUAGA